AUGAAGAUAACCUUUGUGAUUGAGGAAUGGAGUCGGUCAACCAAAGGUGGUCGUUCCACCUUCAUGAGACAGAUGGCCAUAGAACUCUCUAGACUAGAAAAUGUUGAAAUUGGUAUUUUGAUUCCACGUGCCAGUCCAGAGGAUAGAGAAGAUGCCCAAAAAUAUAACAUCAAGGUUUUUGAACCUGAAACAUAUACAGCCUAUAAGCCAGUUGAUUGUCUGCAGUAUCCUCCGCAAGGAUUUAGUACUGACGUUAUCAUUAGUUAUGGCAUUAAGCCUGGACGUCAUGGACAGGUCCUUAAGAAUAACCUUGGCUGUAAAUGGGUGCAUGUGGUCCUGAGAAAUGCAGAAGAAACAGUAUUUUUCCAGAAAAACCGAGGUGCCAUUUCCGAAGGGCAGAAACAGUACAAACUUGAGGUAGAAUUGUGUAAGAAAGCUGACAUGGUUUUAACAGUUGGCUCUCAGCUUGAAGAAUCCUUUAAUUCUGCUCUGCAUCAUUGUAAGGAAGAUCAUAUAUUCAAUCUUAUACCUGGCAUUUUUUAUGAGUCUUUUGUUGAACAGAAGCAAUACCGAAAUUCAAAGACCUUUGAAAUCUUAGUGUUUGGCAGAGGGAACGCCGAAGACUUUGAACAUAAAGGUCUUCAUGUUGCUGCUGAAGCUGUGGCACAGCUUAAUAAGUAUGAGCCAUGUUAUUUUCUAAAAGUUGUUGGUGCCCCUGAGGGAGAACAAGAGAAACUGGCUGAGAGGUUGCAAGGCCUUGGGAUCUCUUGUAAUAAUCUAACUGUGAAAAGUUCUGGCGAAGAAAGAACAAAACUGGCUCAGCAAUUUUCGAAAGUGGAUCUUGUUUUGAUGCCUUCAGGUACAGGGGCGUUUGGUCUCACAGCUUUGGAGGCAUUGUCAGCAGGUGUACCAAUCCUUAUUACCCAGAAUUCUGGCUUGGCAGAGGCUCUAGAGGAAGUACCUUUAGGGCAUGGCUGUAUAGUACAUGUAGGUCAAGCAGUAGGUCAGGCAGCUGAAUGGGCUGAACAAAUCAAGCGAGUAAAAAAACAUCUAGAAACUAGAUUAGAAGGGGCAAGGAAGCUACGCAACUUUUAUAGCGAGAAAUACUCUUGGAUGGAUCAAUGUGCUGCUUUUGUGAAGAAGCUCAGAGCCUUGCAUUCAGGACAUGCUGAGGAAAUGCAACAGGAGUCCCGAGGCAAAAGGCACUCAGCUCAAAAGCGAGUGGCAGGACGUGCUGUGGAAAUGCAACAGGAGUCCCAAGGCAAAAGAAGUUCACCUCGAAAGCGAGUGGCUGGACAUGCUGUGGAAAUGCAACAGGAGUCCCAAGGCAAAAGAAGGUCAUCUCGAAAGCGAGUGACUGGACGUGCUGAAGAAAUGCAACAGGAGUCUCAAGGCAAAAGAAGUUCACCUCGAAAGCGAGUGGCUGGACAUUCUGAGGAAAUGCAACAGGAGUCUCAGGGCAAAAGAAGUUCACCUCGAAAGCGAGUGGCUGGACAUGCUGAGGAAAUGCAACAGGAGUCCCAAGGGAAGAGAAGUUCACCUCGAAAGCGAGUAGCUGGACGUCCAGAGGAAAUGCAACAGGAGUCCCAAGGCAAAAGACGUUCACCUCGAAAGCGAGUAGCUGCUUCUGGUUCCACUGAAGUUAAGCAAGAGGAGAAAAGUGGCUCAGCUGCCAAAAAACCUAAACUUGAUCCUAUUGGAGAACCUGGAACUUCUGGGGUAUCCAGCACUAGUAAGACAAGGAAGUUUAAGGAGGGAGUAGUAACUAAUGAUGAUCUUCAAACACUUGGCAAAGCUAUUGGUGUCAAGUGGGAUCGACUGGCACGUCGACUACCUGGAGUUACGGAAGAUGACAUAGAAGAAAUUGAAGACAGCCGUAAGACUUUGUCUCAAAGGGGAUUUCACACGCUGAAACUGUGGAAAACAAAUAGUGGGGAAGCUGCAGACUAUAAGACUUUGUAUUAUGCAUUAGUCCAUGAGUUGCCUUUUUACAACAUUGUACAACAUUUUUGGUGUGUUUUUCUGAGUAUUAUACACGCAUUUGAGUGGAUCUAUUGGAGGACAGACUCUUACGUAUAUGGAGGAGAAGGUGAAACUUCGCUCAAGAAAGAAGUCCUUUAA